CCAGGCGGCCGCGACCCCUCCCGGCUGACCUCACCCGCGCCGCCGCCUCACGCAGAUAUAAGCUGCGGCCCCGCGGAGAAGCGGGCAGCCGGCGCUUGGGGUCCUGAGAGCUCUCCUCGACUCCUGACCCACCGACUCCAGACCCCGAAACUCCGGAUCGGAGCCAGGAUCCCGGACCAGUCCCGCGGAAUUCCCGCCGAGCAGACACCACGAUGCCCGGCCCUUGGUUUCUGCUUGCCGUGGCUUUGACCCUAACCCUGACCAGUGUCCCUGGCAGCCAUGCCCAGCUGGAGGUGGCCCAGCAGGAGAGGGCUAUGGCCGCAGAGCACCCAGGCCUGGACGACCUCUUGCGCCAGGCAGAGCACCUCCUCCUCAGGGAAGACCUCCAGCGGCUGAGAGAGGACCAGGGCGAUAGUGAAUCAGAGUCCCAGACUUUUCAACCCAAUUGGCUCUCCAAGCGUCAGCAUCCAGGCAAAAGGGAGGAAGAGGCAGAAGGGAGGGUCGAAGAGGAAGAGGAAGAAGGAGGGGCUGUGGAACCCCACAAACGGCAGCACCCCGGCCGGCGGGAGGAUGCAGCCCCAUGGCCAGUGGAAGUAGCCCAGCAGAAGCGGCAGCACCCUGGCCGGCGCUCCCCCUGGCUCAGAUACACUUUCACCAAGAGGCAGCACCCAGGCAGACGGCUGGUGGACCCCAAGGCCCAGAGGAGCUUGGAAGAGGAGGAGGAAGAGGUGGAGGAGGAUGGAGAGCUGAUGCCUGAGAAACGCCAACAUCCCGGAAAGAGGGCCCUGAGGAGCCCCUGCGGGCCCUGGGGAUCCUGUGGUCAAGCCAGCCUUCUGCUGGGCCUCCUGGAUGACCUGAGCAGGGGCCGGGGGGCUGAAGAGAAGCGGCAGCACCCUGGGCGGCGUGCAGCCUGGGCCAGGGAGCCCCUGCAGGAGUGAGGCCUGUUUGCUGUGAAGUCACUUUGGGAUCUAAGAAUGUCAUGAACCCUGAAUGCCCUACCCCUUUGUGACACCCCUCCCCUUUUCCUCCUCCUUAGAUGCCUGGCCAUAUUCCUGCACUCCAUGUAUACACAUGCAUCAAACCCCUGGCCUCACCUGCCUAUUUCCAGGACAUGGGAAAGCCAGCCUAUGAGUUAAAACCCUGUACAGCUGCACUUUGCACUGCUGGCAAGGGAGCGGAUCCCAGAGUCCCUCUCCUCCCACCCUUGCAGGCCUCCUUAGCCUUGUUUGUGCAUCCUUCUAAGGGAUCCCAAGAGUGUGUGUGUUGGGGGGGUGCCUCUGGUGUGAGCAGCCAUGGGGGUAGGGUGGGAUUGAAACUAUGAUGUCCAAAUCCAGCUUCCAUCCCAUGCCCAUGGGAUGUAAACUUCACCCCCCCAAACCCAGGAUUGCUUGCUUCUCUUGGGCAUCCUUCUGUGGGUGGGAAGAGCCCUGCCCCAUGUGGGGCUGCAUUCUGCUCAGGGGAGCACAGUUGUGGUACUGCGCUGUGUGGAGGCUGUGGGAAUAAACACGAGCAGAACAUGUAAACGUCACCCGGAAGUCAUGGCUUAUAUCUAACCCUCUCAGCACCUUCCCCUUGUUAAUAACAGUCAUCCUUGUGAUAAUAAAACCUGCAUCCAGAUCA